UAGUGUCAUCUGUCAAAACAAUAUGAAAUAUGAAUGAGAUCGAAAUGUGUACGGUUGUUAGAGCACGUCCUCCUUUCAGAUUCGUGUUUACUUUCACCUUGUCGUGAUUAUUCACUAGUUUACCAUACAUACAUAACAGUCGUAUAUGUUCGCUCUGAAGCUACUUUCGUUAGUGCUAUAAUACUCAUGUCAUGGCGCGGACAUCCACAGAGAUGCCACAGAAAAGUUAUUGUGUUGUGUUUAUUUUAUUUGCUCUAGCGAUAGUACAGGCGGUUGGUUACGACACGGAGCUAACGAAGCCUUGCGACAGUACAGCCUGCUUCGAUGAGCUCCACGGGUCCUUGGGGGACUGCUCCUGUAAAGUCGACACAAUUGACUUCUUCAAUAAUGUGAAGAUCUUUCCCCGCAUCCAGAGUAUAGUCACGAAAGACUACUUCCGUUUUUAUAAGGUUAAUUUAAAAAAGGAAUGCCCGUUCUGGGCUGAUGACAGUAGGUGUGCAAUGAAAUACUGCCAUAUAAAGACUUGCACGAAGGAAAGUGUACCUGGCUAUGAAACUGGAUAUAAUAAUGAGUAUGUAGAUGAAACGCCUGCCACCAAAUACUCUAAAGAAGCACAGUCCGACUGUAAGUCUGAUUUGGAUCACGAUCCUCAGUUGAGCUAUUUGAAUAUGACCAUUAGUGCUGCCAACCAGUAUGAAAUAGCAAAAUGGAAAGUUCACGAUGAUGCACAUGAUAAUUUUUGUGAAAGUGAUGACCGUGAUGCUGAUGCAGAUUAUGUUGAUUUAACAUUAAACCCAGAGAGGUAUACAGGAUAUAAAGGGCCAUCUGCACACAGAAUUUGGAGGAGUAUUUAUCAAGAAAACUGCUUUCGUCCAAAAUUAAAUCCAUACGAAUCAUUCCCUUAUGUGUUAAGUUCAGAUCUGAGUAACCUGUGUUUAGAAAAACGAGUGUUUUAUAGAGCUAUAUCUGGACUCCAUACAAGUAUUAAUAUACAUUUAUGUUCAAAAUUUCUUUUGUCAGAAAAAAGCUUAGGUUUUGUUGCUCCUCCGGAAGGAGAGUGGGGUCCAAACUUAGAAGAGUUUCAAAGGAGAUUUGAUCCCUCUCAAACUAUGGGUGAAAGUACAAAUUGGUUAAAAAAUCUAUAUUUUGUGUACUUAUUAGAAAUGAGGGCAUUAGCAAAAGCUGGGCCAUAUUUAGAACAAGAAGAAUAUUUUACGGGAAACCCAACAGAAGAUGAAGAGACCCGACAGGCGAUCAGCAACAUGUUGGGUGUUAUAUACUCAUUUCCUGAGCAUUUCAAUGAGUCUUCCAUGUUCAAAGGAGGCAGCCAAGUGGAGACACUGAAAAAUGAGUUUCGUGAUCAUUUCCGUAAUAUUUCCAGGAUCAUGGACUGUGUUGGCUGUGAUAAAUGCAAGUUGUGGGGUAAACUCCAAACUCAGGGUCUCGGGACUGCUUUGAAAAUAUUGUUCUCGGAUAAAUGGAAUAGCCCCGAAGCAGAUCCCUCAAGUGGGAAACUACCAUUAAGACAUAAGUCACAUAAAAAGCUACAAAGAACAGAGAUUGUGGCCCUGUUCAAUGCAUUUGCUAGAUUAUCAAACAGUAUUCGAGAACUGGAAAAUUUCAGAAUCAUGCUUAGCUCGCUCAAAGAGACGAAACUUAAUGUCUUCGGAAACGUACCGGAUCGGAAGAGGUCCGGAGAAGCGAAGAAGGAAGCCUGCAGCUCAGGAGCUGAGAAACCACGGACUUGGAGUUAAAUUAAACUAUAACUGAGAUUUAACUAUUGACGCCUGAUAAACUUUGAUUAGCUCCUCUUUUCGUAAACUCUUUAUAGUUUUAAAAAAGUAUUUAUUUGGUGGCUUAUAUUAUUUGAAGCUUGACUUCUUUUGGCGCUUUUUGUUAAAACGGAUAAGUGUAUUUUAUAGUGUAUCUUUUACUGUAAAUGUUUCAUUGAAAAUUUAUGUCAGUUUUAUUUUUGAGUAAAAUUAUAUCAAAAUAAUGAAAAUAAAUAAAUCACAUCAAAGAAGUGUGAUUUCUCACACUUGCGUCAUGCUGUGCUAUCAUAAUGUAUUUCCGCGCGUAAAGUUACCUGAAGGGUGAUUCGUAAAAUAUGCUGAAAAAGGUUUUGAAUGUAAUAAGACACUCAUAUGACUAUUCUAAGGUAGUAGUAGCUUCUUGAACAAUGAAACUGUUAUUUAAGUUUAAUAGUUGAAUUUCCAGUAAAGGCUUAAGCGAUUGUUGCUAUAAAGAGUUUACGAAUAUAAAGCGGCUGUUAAAUAAAGAAACUAGCCUUGUUUCUCGUCACGAAGAGAAUAUUGAUAAACGCGAUGUUAAACUUAACACUUUGCCGUCUGUGCGUCUUAUUAAAAAAAUAUUCACUUUGCAUCGGCAGCGCUAAUUCGGAUCACUUAACUUGUUGAAACACCGCCGUUCUUGUCAUUGUCGGGAAAUUAUAAAUUGUUAAUUUAUACUAAUCUUAUUGUUAGUUCUCGAUAAGUUUUCCUGUUGCGCUCCUUUCAGGAAAUUUCAAAGUUUUUUUUUUUAUAAUUGAAGGAUUACUGGUGGCCCGGAGGCCUUUCCAGUUUCACCAAGACAGGUGGGCGAGCAAAGGCUCAGCCAGGAGGGGUGAGAUUUGGUAACAGCUGCCCGAGCCCCUCCAAAGGAGACCUAAUAGCUCAAGAGCAGCUGCUUCGCGAAUGAAUCAACUACCGGAUCGGAAUCGCGACCCGCUGAGAAUAUCCGGUGAUAAACUCAGCGGUCUGAUGCAUGGAAAGUAUUUCUAAGAUAUGAUCACGACACCACUGUGGUCUGGUCGGACGGCAAAGUGUUAAUUGCAUAAAGAGCAAGCGACAACGUGGACCGACCCUUCAAUUCUUAAAUAAUGUGUCGUACCACUAAAUCUUGUGCUUCGUUCUCAGAUACGAAAUCGCUUGUGAUCCUUCACAGCGUUCAGGGGUGGAAGCUAGCAUCUCAUCACUACAUAGUAUAAAACAAAGUCGCUUUCUCUGUCCCUAUAUCCCUAUGUAUGCUUAAAUCUUUAAAACUACGCAACGGAUUUUGAUGCGGUUUUUUUAAUAGAGUGAUUUAAGAGGAACGUUUAUAUGUAUAAUAACAUCCAUUAAAUAGUGGAGAAAUCAAUAGUAAAUUACAGUUUCCGAAGCGAAGCGAGAGCGGGUCGCUAGUUCCUGAUAAAUAACAUUUUACCCUUGCCCCUAUUCAGCUUGAACUCUUUUUUUUUUCGUGCUGCUGGCCCUCAAAGGAAAAGAUAAACCAAUGUAAAAAUAUGCCAAGCUUGCAUCGCGUUUGUUAAUUACUUUUUUUUCUUCAUAUACACAAGAUUAGCUUAACGUAGAUGAGUUUAUUAGUUAGUGUCAAUGAGCGAUGAAUGGUUGGCGUUAUUACGAGGCAAAUGUUAUUAACUGGCAUUAAAGAAAAUUUGUUUAUGUGUAAUCGAAUCCUUAAUAUUUGAACAUCGAAAGCGAUGCUCAGAAAUUAAGAGCUGAAUCUGUGACUUUAUGUUUUUCACAAAAAAUGCAUAAAUUUUCUAAUAACGCCAAUUCACUGAGCAUCACAAGACCGACUUAAGGCGACCCAGUGAAUUUAUUGGGCUUUAGGUUGAGUUUACAAAUUACAACUAUACCUAUAAGCUAAGCUUACAAUAUACUUAUAAUAUACACAACGUUUAGUUUAAUUAACAAAAAUUUUGAUGUUACUUCACUUGGCAUACGGCGUAGGUAUAUUUGUACAAAUAUUCUGGUUCACAGCUCUUCAAGUACGCCAAGCGAAGUAUGUCUUCACAAAAGGCUUGUCGAUAUAAUUCGCCAAUAAUAUAUUUAUAAUAAUAUAUUAAUAAUAUAUUUGAUCCAAAAAUACAAUCGCAGUGCCCUAUAACAAAUAGUAAUCUACAAAUAAACAUUAAAUACUGUUUGCAUGUAUAAUUAAUUAUAAUUCAGUUUUAUCUUUGUAAACUGAUUUACACUAAUCAUGGUCUGGCCUUUGUAAAAUGUCAUAAAAUUCGAGAGAUAAAUACUAUUUGGUUUAAGCGACAUUUUUGCAACUUUACAGGAGAUCCAAUUAAAGUUUAAAAAAAUUUAAAAAAAUCGUAUAACAGAAAACUUCAUCGGCUAUUUGAAUGGAGUAGGUAAACUUAAUUGUAGGUCAAUUAAAAUCAUCGAACUCUUGAUGCUGAUCGAUGCAGAUCGCGAUUGAACAUUACAAUUUGAUUUUGAAAUGCGCCUUCUGUCGUUUCCGCUCUUAAAUUUUAGAUUAGAUUAUGUGUACUUAAUAAGUAAUGUUACGAUAAAUAAGUUUGAAUUUUUUUUCGUAAUGAAAUUGACAUGUACAAUUUCGUUUAUUACUGAUAAUAAAUGCACCGUUCUUGAGUGUUCAUUGAGUGAGAUUCAUAAAAAUCUAUCAGUAAGUUUAAUUACAUACACGAGCUAUCUCUUUUUUUUAAGAAGUUAUACCCUUUGAAAUCUUUUUUCCGUACACGGUCGUAAUUUAAAACAAUCAACUAUUAUGUUUCUUAUGUGUAAUUCAUCUCCGGCUUCUAGAAGAAACACUUCCGCUCGUGAUUCAUAAUGAUCCAUAGUGAUUUCAGGUUUUUUUCGGUUUUUUUUUUGUUUUACAUUGUCGCUUAGACAUAAAUUGACAGUUGACAUUUACAGUUAUAUCAGGUCUUUAAGUCUGUUAUAGGAAGACUGUUUAAAACGGACUGUCAUUAAUUAAAACUGUUUUUACGGUUAAAUCUUGCAUUCAUUGUCGUUAUGUUAUUUCUGAUGUUUCGAUUAAUUUACGAAAACACGUCGGAAAUAAUAUAAUGACAAUAAUAAAUACAAGAUUGUAUUGUAAAAUGACUUAAAAUGAUGUCUAAGACUCGUAAAAAGCUACGAAUAAUAAUUAAAGAACGUAAGAAUGCAUUCUUUCCAUAUUGUGAAUGUCUUCAUCUAAAUAAUAUCUGCGUCACGUUUAGGGUUUUCUGUAAUAUAUUUGUUAUUUUAUGCGGAAAAAUAUAGAAGUGUGCAUAAUAUCAGCAUAAUUAUUAUCAUUUUUUAUAUGGAUAAAAUGCGUAAUGGUUAUAAAGUUAAAAUUAUUCAACACCAAACAAAAUUGAUGUCGGCCAUUUUGCAAUUUUUUUUUGUCUGUUCAUUAAUAAUGCGUCGUUGGAUCAAUCUAUUUUUUCUAGUCAACUUUUAAAACUCAGUGCAGUGGAAUUGAAUGGUACGAUAGAAUGUAUAUUGAAAAUAAUCGUAUUUAUUUGUUUUUUUUAAAUUACGACAGACCUUUUUUCAUUGUUUCCACCUAGGAAAGUUUAGGAAGGCAAAGGGGCGAAGCCCAUGCAGUUUUUUUUAUAGAAAAGUUUCUCACUAUUUCGAAAAUGUGCAUUACCAGACUAUUGUAACCUAGAACUUUUUGCUUUAAAUCAAAAGUCGUCUUCUCUUCAUUGGAAAUGGAGGCCGGUAAUAAAAAAACAAAAACUAAAAACGUACGAUUUAUAAAUUAAUUGUUUCAUAGCACUUGAUUUGCGUUUAUUAUCCAUCGGCGGAUUUAUUUUAGACUCAAAUGUUCUGGCCCCAACCCAAAUACUACUUUUUUAAUCUACAAUAAAAUGUUACAUUGAAAUUUCUGCCAAGUUUAGUUGUGCCAGAAAAUAUUGGUUAAAUUAAACAAUACAUGUAACAUUGGUCGAGAAUCUGCGUUCAAAAUGUCAUGUAAAUUUAAAAAGUAUAUCAAUGAUGCUAAUUUAUCUAAAUUUCACGUUUGUAGUGGCUUCCAAAUUAUUUUUUUGUGAAAAUUAGUGUUCAAUAGUAUUGAUUAUAAUUUCGCAAAAUUAAGUAUGCAUAAUAAUAAAAAAGUGUUCGUAAUAUGUACUUAAUUAGAUCGAUUUCUAAUGUAUAUUAUAUUGUAAUAUGAGUCGAUUGGUCAUAAUUAUUUCUCAAUUUUUAAUCGUUAUAUUCAAUAUUCAGUCGUUUAUACGAUUUAAAAUAAAAAUAAAACUUCCAUUGCAUCCAAGUACAACGUGAACCGCUUUUUUUAGAUACUAAAUUUGUACGUAAUCGCACGUAUGUAUCCCCUUGCGUAAUCAAGGAAUUAUUACUUCAAUAAGUAAUCAAAUUUUGUUUCAUUCGAUUACAUUUUGUUACGUUUUUCAACAUAGCAGCGUGUUACAAGAACGAAUUAAAAAAAAAAAUCUGGAUAAUCUCAAAUUGUACUGUAUUCAAAUUAUGAAAUCCUAUUUGACAGAUGCUAUUAUUAAGUUUAUUGUGGAUGUGAAUUUAUUGUAUAAUGAUUUAGAUUGAUUGUGUAUUUUUUAAAUGAUCUUUACAAACAUGAACAAAAGAUGAUUAUUAUUUCAAAAUAUGCGAAACGUGAAGAGUUUUUUUUUUGGUUAGGAGGAAAUCGCCGGACUUCCGCCCUCCAUUGGGGAUGGCGGGUGGGGCAUGUCAGAGUCGAACUGACUAAAACCUCCUGUCGCUCAACAACCAACGUCCAAACCUCGCAUGACACAGAACUCAUGAAAAGGCAAAGGGGGGAGAGUGAAGCGUUUUAGUGCGGAGCACAUCUCUCCCAUCACCCUGCCCCUCAACUUGAAGAGUUGCGUUCUAAGAAGUGUCAAAAGGGACUUCGUAAUUGGAAUAGAGUUUAAUGAUAUGGGACUAGGAACUUUUCGAUUUACCAUCAUAACCAAUACAUUCGCGGCUUUCCGACUCUCCGAAUUUGUGUGACAUAUUUCAAAAAGAGUUGACUGAAUCGUUUUUCAAUUAAAACUAUUCAAUUAACACACAUUUAAAAAUAUUGUUUUAAACAAAAAUCUUAACUCGACCCAAGUAACUUUAAUGCUCUUUUUCUUAUACUCAACUCCUUUUAUUUACCGUCUCUCAACUAUUUUAGUCACAAAUUUUACACAAAAGUAUUAUUUAAUAUAUAACACAUAAGACAUGUUGUAUAAAAAAACGUUUUUUUUUCCUAGUUCGUACAAUUAUGCGGCUUUACUUUUGCAACUUCGAAAGUAGCUAGUUGAUUAGUUAGUAUAAUCGCUAUUUUCGGGCGAACAUAAGCACAUACGCGAUCUGUUAGUAAAUCUAAUGGGAUUCAAAGGAUUUUGUGGUGAUGAUCUAACAUGACUGCACUAUACAUCAAGCUUUGAGUGUAUCGAACGUGGCACCGCAAUUUGAGAUAUAUUAAUUAUUAAAUAAAUUACAAUUCAAAACAACUGUAGUACACAAUCUCCCCUGUUUUCCGUUUAAUAUUUUUUGUAGGUUAAUACGUAUGAUAUGAUGAUAACAAACUUAUCAACGUAUAAGUUAGCAACUUGACAUAAAUCACUAGAAUAUUCGCCCGAAUAUAACAUUAAUUUCGUGGAUGCAAUGUUGUUACAAUGACACGUAUGUUUGCACGCAAGUGUAGCGGGCAUCAUUAUUUGCAAGUUUCCUAAGCGUUGUAAUGUUAAAAGUUUUGUGUAAAACUACAAUGACUGCUAUUGAUUUCCACAGAAAUUAUUUUUAAAUUAUUUGUCUGCGAAGACGUGCGUGAAACUUUUUUUUUUAAACUAAAUUUGAUGAGAUAAGCACUCCAUUUUUAAGUAUUUGAUAAAAACAAAUUGUACAUCAUUAAAAUAAUAAUACAACUUGUGAUUACAUUUUAAUUUUAAAUUAAUAUAAGUUAAUUUAUUCGUAGCGAAUUUUAGUGAAAAUUUUAUUUUGUGAGUUUAAAAACUUACAAGGCAUUAUUUUAUUGAAUUCAUUAAAACUAUAGUUGCGGGUAUUGGCAACACGUUUUUAUUUUUAUAUUGUGUUGAGAAUUGUAUGAAAUUGUACGGAUUGUUCGCAACACUUGUUUUUGUUAUCAACUAAACUGUAACGAUAUAUUGAUUAAUGUUUUUUUUUUUUAUAGCCAAUUUGUUUUAUGUUCUUUAUUUUAUAUUUUUAGAUAGCACGUAACAUUUUUUCGCAACUCUAUGGUAUCCGUCUGUGAUUUUGUAUGUUUUUAUUGAUAUCAUGACAAAACCUAUUAUUAUUUUAUAUAUUUUUUUAUUUUAUUUUAAUAAAUGUGUAUUUUAAUCAA